UAGGCAGCCUGUGUCACUGUGGUCGGCAUGGUUUCCAGGAGGGCAGCUCCAUAGAGAUGGCCGCGACGGUGGGCAAGCGCCCUGGGUAUCCAUCCGUCCCUCCCGGCAUGGCAUGACGUCGCCUCCACUCCGGAGAAGAGCCAUGGAGGCCCCCCCUCUUCCUGAGCUGCUCGGCUGUCCAGGGGAAAUGAUGGCGCCCCUGAAGCAGUGCGUGGCCUGGCUGGAUGCCUAUUUCCAUGAGCCGGCGGCCCUCAAAGACCUCCCCUUGCCUGCGAUUCACCAUCCCGUUUUCCAGCGAGAUUCGUUCACCAGACAGGUGUUGUGGAAGCUGCUGAAGGUUGUCAGACUCGGAGAAACGGUUUCUUACCGGCAAUUAGCAGCCCUGGCAGGCAGGCCCCGAGCAGCGCGGGCAGUGGGCGGAGCGAUGAGGACCAAUCCUCUUCCCAUCCUCAUCCCGUGCCACAGAGUGGUCUGCAGCAGUGGAGCCGUGGGCAACUACUCCGCAGGCCGGGCCACAAAGGAGUGGCUUCUCGCCCACGAGGGCCGCCUGGCAGAGAAGCCGAGCUGUCCGGGAGGCUCCCGUGGGGGUGGCAUCCCCCGCCCCCAGCCUGCUGGCGGAACGGAGGACUUGUGGGAGUAAAUACUUGAGUGACACAUAAAGGUUCUAGCACAUUGGAGGUGGUCUGUGCGGUA